GUGUGAAGAGGCGCAAAAUCGCGCGAAUGAGAUGUGAAUCAAAUGCUACUCUUACACUAUCGGUUGGUGGUACAAUCUAUUGUCCAUAAAUAAGAGAGUUUGUUUCUACAGACAACACAUUAACUUUCUCUGCUUUCAUCAAUGGCGAUUCUGAUAUUCUCUAAGUAUCUUAGCAAGACUGAUAUUGGAAAGAGGCUUUCAGUCCCGAGCAAGUCCCUGAAACAUCUUCCUGCUUUCAAGGAGGGCCGGCACACAGUGGAUUUUAAGGUAAGGGAUGAGAACGGUCAUGCCUGGACCUUCCGAUGUUCUACUCGGACAAAGAAGAAGCACCUGAAGCCGGUUCUUACCAAGGGGUGGAGGGAAUUUGUUUGCAAGAGGAGGCUUAUUAGUGGUGAUAAAGUUGAGCUUCACAGGGAUGAAGAGAAAGAUUGUAUCACGUACCGAGUGAGGGUGGGGAGGCCAACUAAAUUCCUGCAAUCUCAACCAGUGGAGAAUUGCUAUUCUUUAGCAGACCUAAAUGGAAUGACAAAAACAGGGCCAAUGGCUAAGGCUCCUUCUUGUGAUUCAUUUCAGUCUUAGAAGUAAUAACUCAAAUAGGGUUAUGUAAGGUGUUUAUGUAAAAUUCAUGGAUAUCAAAGAGAGAACAGUUAUAUUUACCAGCAAAAAAGAAAAAAGAAAAAAGAACAGUUACAUCACACAGCAAUCUCCAUUGAAGUAACAAGCAGUUUAGAAUUAUUGAAUGUCAAGACUUAAAGAGUAACAUUUGACAAGCAACAAAUGCAUAAUCAAAUAGC